GGCUCCUCCCCCCCCGGGGGCCAAGCGAGGCGGUGCCGUCCCUGACCCAGCGGCGGGAGCGAGGGCUAGCAUGUAACGUCUUCAACAACUGUAACAGCAGCUGUCAUUUCCUGAAUGAUUAGUCCAUACCCACUUUGUCACACUGAGCACAUCACAGGCAUUUUCUCCAGCCAAGUCCUCAAGUGUUGGCCUGUAUCACAGUUUCAGUGAUGUGGGAGUUGGGGCUCCGAGUGGGCGAGUGAUUCGCUGCGUUAUAACAACAGGUUCAGAGAUGGGCAGUGAGAAGGAGCAGAGUCCCGAACGGCACCUGCCUGAGGAAGGGGAACGGGGUAGUAAGCCGCGGAGAGUGGAUGCCUCAGAGGGUUUUCGGAUCCCAGAUGGGGAGAAAGAGCCCGGGCAAGAAAGCCUAUCAGAGAGGCCACAAGGGGACCGUCGGAAAGAGCCCUGGCGGAGAGUCACGGUCCCCGCCCGAGAGCCAGAUGUCCGCCCGGCUCCUCCGAGACCAGAGGCCGACGAGAAGCCCUUUGUGUGUGCCCAGUGUGGCAAAACCUUCAGUAACACCUCCAACCUGAGAACACACCAGCGGGUCCACACUGGCGAGAAACCUUACAAGUGUUCCGAGUGUGGCAAGAGCUUCUCGAGAAGCUCCAACCGCAUCCGGCACGAGCGGAUCCACCUGGAGGAGAAGCACUACAAGUGCCCCAACUGCGAGGAGAGCUUCAGGCGGCACUCGGACCUCACCACGCACCAGCAGGACCACCUGGGCAGGCGGCCGUUCCGCUGCGACCUCUGCAGCAAGAGCUUCGGCCAGAGCUCGGCGCUGGCCGUGCACUACCGGACCCACCUGGAGCCCGCGCCCUACAUCUGCUGCGAGUGCGGGAAGAGCUUCAGCAACAGCUCCAGCUUUGGCGUGCACCACCGCACCCACACCGGCGAGAGGCCCUACGAGUGCGCCGAGUGCGGGCGGACCUUCAGCGACAUCUCCAACUUCGGGGCGCACCAGAGGACCCACAGGGGCGAGAGGCCCUACCGGUGCACACUGUGCGGGAAGCACUUCUCCCGCAGCUCCAAUCUCAUCCGCCACCAGAAAACGCAUCGGGGAGAGCAGGCUGGGAAAGGUUCCGGCUGAAGGAGGGCGAGGAGAAGGAGAACACAGGGUGCGAGACCCCACCCCGAGUAGGAAGAGCUUUAGGAUCUGCUGCUGCCCCCUCGACCUUAAGCCCCUCUGCCCACUUCGGAGGUUGGUUUUCUGUUGCCUCCGAAGCCAGGAAGUCCUGAGAAAGGGCUCUGAGUGGACACCCUGGCUCUCUCCCAGGCCAGUUUCUUGCUGUGGAAAGUCAGAGGUCCCCCUCUUGGCUUCUUCUCCGGGGGUGAAAGAAGUAGGGAAGGCUUAGUACAUGCUCAUCAUGAGAGCAGCCAGCCCCUGGCCGCUAGGGAAGCGCUUGUGGCAUGGGCCUCCCUGUCUGGAGGUUGUUUGUAUUGCAGGUGGACUGCUGAGGGCGGACUGCAGUGGUCCACCAGGCCCCACCUCCUGUACCCUGACUGGGGUGGGAGGAGCAGGGGAGGAAGGGGCCUCCUCGGUUGGGAGAAGAAGUUUAGGAAGUUCCCUUUAGGAAUGAAAGGGAUCAAGGCGCCAUGAUCCAGGGACCUUCACACUCCCCCGUGUUUGUGACUUGUCACCCCCACUCCAGCUUGCAUCUGUUUCCCCAGAGUGACUAGCAGUAAAACCCUUUAAUGAAAAGGACCCGUGCACUUAUUUGGGGGCAUCAAAGAAGUGGGGAGAUGGUUGUGUUGCAGCCCCUCUGCGAGAGAGUUGAAUGCCAAGAAAGAUGGAAUGGGUGGCUCUCUGAAAAGCAAAAGAUAAGCAGCUCACGGGCCUGUGAGGAGGAAGGGAAAGGGAAGGAAGUGAUACUGAGCAUCUCCUGAGUGCCCUAGAUUCUACAGGCCACGUUCACCGUCUUUAUGUCGUGUAGUUGUCGCAGCCCGCAAGGGAGUGAGAUGAGCUGAGUAAGGAAAGGUAAAGCCGGUGCGUGGUGGAGCUAGAGUUCAACCCUGGGCCUCCCUUGAGUCGGAGCUGAUGCUCUUUCACUGCACUCACCUCGGUUUCUGAAGGAGGAGCCUGGCACCCGUGAUGCCCUGGAAGUGGGAGCUAGUGUGGCCUCUUGGUAUGGCCCUGGACCCUUUGUUCUGUGGGACAUCAGUGCCAAGCAUGAGGACUUUGUGCACUUACUCUGUUGUUCAGCUUCUUUUACUUAUUCUGUGCCUCGAAAAAAGACAGUGACAGAGAGUAGAGGGGGAGGAGUGGGACUUGUUACUGCAAUGAGGGUCCUUGCUUUUAGUAACGACAGUUCAGUGCUCAAGGUUGGGACAGCUUGGGAGGGAUCCUGCCUGGCUUCUUGGCCUUCUGAGGGCCUGGCUCCACAUGGCAGAUUUCAGUGUUUUCUGCAUGGGAGUUGAGUGUUCACUCAGAUUUCCUUCAACAAGUACGAAGGACCCUUCUCUUCCUCUUCUUGCCGGUGUGAGGUCCUCUUCCAGAGGGAGGGGCCCUCCUCACUUGUAGCCAGUUGGCAGAGUGUGAUUUUGGCACCACCAUGACCUCACCUAUCACAUGGGAUCCCGCCACCUACCCAGGGAGGGGUGUGCCAGGAGCUUUCCAGGCGUCCCAUCGAGUCUCACCACAACGCUGAGAAGAAUGACCCACACUGACAGGUGGGGAGACAGGCUCACCUGGCUAGUCAGUGGCAGGGUCAGAAACAGAACCUACUUCUGCCUAAACCCAAAGCCUGUAUUUUUUCCAACAGUAAAAAGACUUUCCAAGUGAUUCCCUGACAUGAGUUGGGUACUUUUCCGUUUCCGAACCACUUUUAUUUUGUAUACAUUUUCCUGCUCCUUGAAAAUUUCCGUACAAAAUACUUUAAACAUGGAGUGCCCCAAACUUGCGUGUACGAAUUGCUCCCUAGUAAUAAAAAUGGUGUCUAACACCGACUCAGUGCCA